ACACCAUUGGUUCAUAUCAGCGUACAUACAUACAUACAUCAUCAUUGCACUAACAUCAAAGGUGCCGAUAAAGUGUUGCGCUAUUGUGGUGUUGGGUUGACGUCUUGAGUCAGUUAGAUCAUAUAUGGUGUUAACCUCUUUGAGUAUAUACUCAAAGAUUAACAUUAACCGUCGAUCAUCAUUAAUUGGAGUUGGUGAAAGAGAGGCCUUAAAUAAUAAACUAAACUGCAGUACAAACACAGUAUAUACUGUGGUACAAGAUUUUGUAUCAAAAAAUUGGAUUUCACACAAGUUAAUGCUAUAUUAAAUUGUCGCAAGUUGCAAUUGACUUUUUGUAUGUAACGUUCUAAGUAUGACAGACGCAAGAAGUUUAAAGGAAGCUAUCGAGCAAUAUGAAACCCAGCUGUCGCAAGUGGAUGCAACACUAUCUACAACGCCAGAAGGUUCUCACAGAGACAACUUGCUCAGUUUGAAGUGUGACAUUAAAGAACUUAUUUUCUUAACGAAGGAAAGUUUGCAAAGUCUUGAAGAAGAUGCAGAAAACACAAAUGAAGACGAUAAUCCUGAUGAUAAAACGAAGGAUCUAUUGGACAGAGAAUAUAUUUUUUUCAAGGCAGAGCUAGAAAAAUCUUCAAGCGACAGUAAAGAUAAACAGGACAACACCGCUGUAGCUGCUUCUGGUAGCAUUGAAGAUGAAUUAAAAGAGCUAGAGGGUACGAAAUGUAAAGCUCCUUAUGGCAGUACUUGGGGUGGUAUCGGUUAUCACAAUGCUAUGGUAUGUUCUGUUCAUAAAGACAGUAAUGAAGCAAUUAAAGAUGUUCAUGACAUUAAGGUUCGAGUUUUCUUUCUCAAUCCAACACACAAGGAAAUGAUUCCAUGUCCGUAUUUUCUCAACGGUAGUUGUAAGUUUUCUGAUGAAAAUUGCCAUUAUUGUCAUGGUAAAAUUGUGCCGUUCUCAAGCCUACAGGAAUACAAAGAGCCUGAUUUUCGUAACAUCAAAAUAGGAAGCAAGGUGUUAACUAAACAAAAAAAUAUGUGGUAUAGAUCCAUAGUUUUAAAAUUACCUGAAAAGAAUGGAGAUGAAUACAGAGUAAAGUUUGAAUUAAGUGGUAAAAUUGUAGAAGCCAGUUUACAAGAUCUUUUACCUUUAGAUGACACAAAUUUAGAAAUGUCAAAUACAUUUAAUGAUAGCAAUAGCGAUGAUGAAGAUGCGAAUAAUGUUGAUAAUGAAUCACAAGCUAAUUCGUUCAUAAAUAAUCAAUUAGUUCACAAAUCUCUUUUGACAUUAAAAACAAAUGAAUCUUUAGGAAAUUGGGAAAAACACACACGUGGUAUUGGUAGCAAAUUAAUGAUGCAAAUGGGUUAUGUGAUAGGUACUGGUCUUGGAAAACGAAAUGAUGGUAGAAUAGAACCUGUUGAAACUCAAGUUUUGCCAGCAGGAAAAUCAUUAGAUUACUGCAUGGAAUUACGUGAAUUUGCUGGUAAUGAUAAAGAUUUGUUUUCUGCGGAACGUAAAAUGUAUAAACAACAACAGAAAUUAGAGCAGCAAAGAGAAAAACAGUAUCAAAAAGAAAAACAAAAAGAAGAUAAUAAUGUGUUUAAUUUUAUAAAUAAAACGUUAAGUGAUAAACCUAAAGAAAAUACAGCUAAUAGUUUACAAAGCAUAGAUAAAUUGAGAACAGAAUCCAAUAGAAACCUAAAUGUAGCUAGUUUUCAAAUUGGAGAACACAUAAAUCGCUUAGAAAGAGAAUCAUCGAAACUCAAAGAAUCGUUAACAAAACAUGCCAAGGGUAGUGUUAUUUACAAUAACAUUGCAAUGAAGUAUAAUGAAAAACAAAAGGAACUUACUAAUUUAAGAGCUUCCGAAAAAAGUAUCGCUACCGAACAAAACCAAAGGAAGAAUAAAGUGAAAUUAUCUAUAUUUUGAUACCUAUAUGAUAGCAUGGCAACGAUGGGACACGUGCGUGCGCGCGCGCGCGCGCGCUCUCUCUCUCUCUCUCUCUCUCUCUCUCUCUCUUCAUACUUUUUUGUAUUAGGUAUGCUGUAUAUAAAGGAAAUCUAAAUACAUUGUUUUAUAUAAAUAUGAACAAAGCUCUCGAUGUCAAAACAAUAAAAGGAUAAAAUGAAAGGCAAUUCGAGAGUUACCGACAAUUAUAAAUAAAAGUUU